AUGUCGAGGCCGCCAAAGCGCCAAUGUGUUUUAAAUCGAGAAAGUACAAAGCCCCAGUCGGAGAAUAACCCAUCUUAUGCGAAGAACUAUUCGCGGGUUAGCAAGGAAUGUAUUUCCAUGCUUAUAGCAUUAUGGAUGCAAGACUUUGUCGACGAUGAUGAUGAAGGUACGGCAAAUCAAGUUCAUCAACACAAAAAAGUCGGUGCAGUGCUUGUGCAACCAGAUGGCGAUGUGAUUUUAGGAGCAGAUUGUUCUCGAGGCGAUGUACACGCUGUAGUCAGACUGUUGACGACCCACCACGACAAAGCCAAGGGCUGUAAAAUGUUCAUCACUCGAAAGCCAUGCUCGUGGUGUACGAAGCUUUUGGUUCAAUCCGGAGUUCAGUGCGUUUUGUAUCUUCCCUACGAGCCAGAAUAUUACGAAUCGCCAAACAAGAAGACUCGCAAAGAAAACAAAAAGAUAGACGCAGCCAAUAGUAUAUAUACGAAGGAAGUGGACAAGCUUUUCAGUGCCAGCCCCAUUGGCCACACACCCUUUGUUUUUGAAGUGGAUAAAUCUAUUCUGCAACACGCCGCACAGAAAAAGCCUUUAAAAACUAAAAGCAAGAAACUUAUCAGAAAAGAAAAAGAAAGAUUAAGGGACAGGUUCAGCUUAGACGAAAAUUGGAUGAAAUAUUGAGAAGGAGUAAAGGAACAAAUUCAAGUCUGGUUCGACAACGCUAUGCACUGGGUCGCACGAGCUAAUGUCAUAUCAUGCCCAUGGUUGAAUUACGAGUUUAAACUCAGUAAAGAUUCAGAGAAACGCGAUAAAUUUGAUCCAGUCGGUAAUGGCAUCCAUAAAAAGCAAGCACGCCUUUUGAUGACCAUCGCAAGAAUUUUAGCACAGCGCACAGACGACCCGAAAACUGGUGUUGGCGCGGUGAUUUUGAGUCGAAGUUCCGAUCGCAAGAUUCUCUCGUUUGGCUGGAACGGGUUCCCUGCCAAAGCACGUUAUGGCGAAUUUCCAAGAGCGUCGAAGCACGACGAAUCUGACUUGAAGAAGUAUCCGUAUGUAAUUCAUGCAGAACAAAAUGCUAUUUUGAAACGAAAUGAGGAGAAAAUCGAAGGUGCUAUUUUGUUUGUCACCAAAACGCCUUGUGAUGAGUGUUCGCCUAUCUUAGCCAUGCACGGUAUUGGAACAGUUGUUGUCGACGAGGAUGUCAUGUCUUGCAAGGAAAAAGAUGGUUAUAAAAAGUUUCCCGACUUGGUUGAAAAGGGCAAGUUCACUUGUUACGAAACAACAGAAACAGCAGAAAGAGAAAAAUGAAGCUUUGAAGCGGUUAAAGCCUUUUAAAUGUAAACACUGUCUGUGUGGCAAGAUUAGAUUUAGUUUCCAACAAUGUAAUGACAAAAAGUAGGACUGCAACACUACAACCUACUAUAGAAUACGUUUGUGUUUGACUUUAAUUAAAAUUUCACGACUGCAAACUUGUGCAUAAGUAAUAAUAGCAUGCAUCAGUUAAUUAAUGGUAAAAUCAUAUAGAAACAAUUUUAUGUACAGACUAUAUCGUGAGUAUAGACUGUAAUGGGUGGAACGUUUUAGAUCAAGACAUUUAGUUGCACGAAUUUUAAUGUUUUUAAGAAAACUAC